GCGGGGCGCGCGCGGCGCUGAGUUCGAAGCGGCGGCGGGAUGAUGGAGGGGGAGAUGAAGGGGGAGAUGGAAGGCGGUCGGUUCCCCUUCCCCUACGCCCCGUACCGCAUCCAGGAGCGGUUCAUGGCCGCGCUGUACGGCGCGCUGGAGGCCGGCCGGGUCGGGAUCUUCGAGAGUCCCACGGGCACGGGCAAAUCUCUGAGUCUUAUCUGUGGGGCCCUCUCCUGGCUCCGAGACUUCGAGGAGAAAAAACAGCAAGAGGAGGCUCGACUUCUGGCACUUGAGGACAGCAGACAGGAGGGGAAGAAGGAGAUGACUUCGGCAGCGCCAGGAUGCCCAGAGACCAAAGACAGUGCCGGAGAACCAGACUGGGUUACGGCAUUUGUGCAGAAGAAAGAAGAGCGGGACCUAGUGGACAGGCUAAAGGAAGAGAAGAUCAGGAGGAAAAAACGAGAAGACCGUCUUGAGAAAAUUCGCCAUAAUGUGCAAUUAAAAUAUGCAGCAAAGAGAAAGAGAUCUGAGGAAGAUGAGACAAAGCGCCUGUUUCAGCUCAGCAAGGAGGUUCUUUCAGAGGGAGCUGGAGGGGAUGUUGUAGAGCAGCUGGAUCACAAUGAAGAGGAGCUAAUUCUUGCUGAAUAUGAGAGUGACGAAGAAAAGAAAGUGAUAUCUGGGCUGGAAGAAGAUGAUGAUGAUUUGGAAGAGGAGCAUGUGACUAAGAUUUACUACUGCAGCCGCACACACUCCCAGCUGUCUCAGUUUGUGCGUGAAGUGCAAAAAAGUCCUUUUGGUAAAGACACACGUCUGGUCUCCUUGGGAUCCCGGCAGAACCUGUGUGUGAAUGAGGAGGUGCGACGCUUGGGGGCUCUCCAGCUCAUCAAUGACCGCUGCAUGGAGAUGCAAAAGAACAAACGUGAAAAGAAGAAUGAUGAAGAGAAUGAAGGGAAGAAGAGACGUGUGAGUCGCACCGUGUGCCCAUUUUAUUCCUAUGACCAAAUGCAAUUUCUCCGCGAUGAAGUUCUAGUGGAAGUGAAGGAUAUUGAGCAGUUGGUGGCUUUAGGAAGGGAGACCAAAGCCUGCCCAUACUAUGGGAGUCGAUACGCCAUUCCUGCUGCUCAGCUGGUGGUGCUGCCCUAUCAGAUGAUUUUGCAUGAGCCUACCAGGAGCGCUGCUGGGAUCAAGCUGAAGGACCAGAUUGUAAUCAUUGAUGAAGCCCACAACCUCAUAGACACCAUCACCUGUAUCCAUAGUGCGGAGGUCAGUGGCUCUCAGCUAUGCUGUGCUCACUCCCAGCUGCUGCAAUACAUGGAGCGAUAUAGGAAACGUUUGAAGGCAAAAAACUUGAUGUACAUUAAGCAGAUCCUGUAUUUGCUGGAGCGGUUUGUGGCUGUGCUGGGAGGUAACGUGAACCAAAAUCCUAGCUGUCAGGCAGUUUCCCAAAAAGGGACAGUGCUGAAAUCUAUCAAUGACUUUCUGUUUCAAAGCCAGAUUGACAAUAUCAACCUCUUCAAGAUUCAGCGUUACUGUGAGAAGACCCUCAUCAGUAGGAAGCUUUUUGGGUUUGUGGAGCGAUAUGGAAGCCCUGUCACAGCUGUGAAGACCAACAAGGAGAACCAGAAGUUGGCUGGUUUGCAGAACUUUCUUCUCACCCUCCAGCAGGGAUCUGAUAAAGAAGCAAGUAUGGUCCAGAGCACUCCUGUGGAGGCUGAGAAUGACCAGCUCCGAACUGCCUCUCCACUGAUGCAGAUUGAAGGAUUUCUCUCAGCCCUCACAAAUGCAAACCAAGAUGGGCGAGUCAUUCUCAACAGGCAAGGCACAGUUGGUCAGAGCAGCCUCAAAUUCCUCUUGCUGAAUCCAGCUGUCCACUUUGCCAAGGUGGUGGAAGAAUGCCGUGCUGUCAUCAUUGCUGGGGGCACCAUGCAGCCGGUGGCUGAUUUCCGAGAGCAGUUGCUGUCCUGUGCUGGUGUGGACCCUGCGCGCAUUGUGGAGUUCUCUUGUGGACAUGUGAUUCCUCCAGAAAACAUUUUACCCAUAAUCCUCUGCAGUGGUCCUUCCAACCAGCAGCUGGAGUUCACCUACCAGACCAGAGACCUCCCCCAGAUGAUGGAUGAGACCGGUCGAAUUCUUUGCAACGUGUGCAAUGUGGUCCCAGGGGGUGUGGUGUGCUUCUUCCCUUCCUACGAAUAUGAGAAGCAGGUGUAUGCACACUGGGAGAAGACGGGGCUGCUCACCCGCCUGGCAACUAAGAAGAAGAUCUUCCAGGAGCCUAAGAAAGCCAACCAGGUGGAGCAGGUGCUGGUGGAAUAUGCCAAGUGCAUAAAGUUGCUGGUCCCUCUCCUGCAGCGCUGCAGCCAGGCAGAAGGACAGAUGACAGGGGCCCUGCUGCUUUCUGUAGUUGGAGGCAAAAUGAGCGAAGGAAUCAACUUCUGUGAUGACCUGGGAAGGUGUGUGAUUAUGGUGGGAAUGCCUUACCCCAACAUUAAAUCUCCAGAGCUCCAGGAAAAAAUGACGUGGCUUGACAAAACAAUGCCCAGAGCUGCUGGCCAGGCACCUAGCAGAGUGCUGAUUGAAAACCUGUGCAUGAAGGCAGUAAACCAGUCAAUAGGCAGAGCCAUUCGUCAUCAGAAGGACUUUGCAAGCAUCCUGCUCCUGGACCACAGGUAUUCACGGCCUGCCACCUUUAACAAACUGCCACAGUGGAUCAGGGAAAGAACCCAGGUGAAACCUACCUUUGGAUCAGCGUUUGCAGAGUUAAGAAAGUUCCAUCGAGGGAAGGCAGAUGCUUUGUGAUGCAGACCAGAGAACAGGCUCUAGGUCAAGCCUGUGAGCUGCACCUCUGAAGAACACCUGAGUCCUGCUUUUCUGUAGGAAGGAGUUUGUGCAUCUUUGCCUUCUGCCUCCCCUGUGGAUGUUUUCUGUUCAGUAUCUGAGCACUACGCUGGUGAGACAGCCUUCAGUGCCAUAACCAGGAGCAAAAUUGUUGUGCAUCUGAGACAGGUGGAGGUAGUAGCAGCAGGUUCCUGUUGUUUUACAGCUGUUAAGGUUUUAUUUAAAGUGAUUAAAUAUUUUAAAACCAAACACCUAAGUAUGAUUAUUUUGACUGAAGACUUCUGCCUUCUCCCAUCAACCACCAAGUGUCCAGGGCUGGAUGACCAAUGAAAAAAAAACAUAAAGCUUUUCACAAGAGCUGUAAACUAUCAGGCCACCGGUUUGUGUCAAGUUGGAAUUACAGUCAGAUAGGGCAGUUAUGGGUAACACUUCUUAUCUUCUUAUUUCUACCUCGCUUUAAGCAGUCAGAGAUUCAAGGAGCAGUUUAUCCUUUCAAGGGGAAUAAAGAGAUGGCCAUAAUAGACCAGAGCGCUUCUCCUUUGAUCAUGCUUAAGCACAGGAGCGCUCUGGUCUUUUUGCUGCCUAGGGUUUUUAAUUCAAAGUAACUUUUUGUGGAAAACUGUAAAACCUUUUUAUUAUUUUUUUUCCAGUGUAACUUUCCUAGGUCAUGGGUCAGUGCUGGAGGGCAGUGGUGACAACAGGGAUGGCUCUGUAAUCCCACAGCUGUCCCCAGUUCUCUGUCUUCCUGAGCAAGGCUUCCCAGGCGCUGAUUUGUGUCCUUGCCAGUUUCAGUAGCUGGAUGCUACAUCUCUUCACAAUGAAAAAAGCACUCAUAAUUAGACACAGAGCUGGUACCCACUCCCCGUAUGUUAAUUAGCCCCAUGGGGAAAGAAGCAGCUUCUGGGAAGCAUCCAUGGUGACUGUCCCGCUCCUUCAGUGGGUGCAGCACCCACUGUCUGGCACAAAAGCUCUGCCUUAAUCCUGGUGAAUGCCGCAGCAAGAGUGGGUGGCACCUGCUUUUAACAGCUGGUGUGCUCCAGCACUGUGCCAGGAGGUGCUGGGUUGCAAGGCUCAGCCCCCACCUGAGAUGAGAGUGGAGACUGGGCUUUCCCUUAGGACACUCGUAAUUAAGCACACUUCCUGCUUUUAUCAAAGUGAAGGCUGUGAGUACCUGCUUCCUUCAACUUUAUUGAAGCUUUCAGACAGCAACAGCCAAAGAACUACCAUCAGCCAGGUAGAGAAAGAAACCACCGAGUGCAGAAGCACCAGGAAUUAGACCCCCCUCAUGAAGGGACAGACACCCUCAUUCUCUCUUCAAGCACAACCAAGCAAAUAGGAGUUUCAGCAAGCAAGCAGCUAGGAGACAAAUGAAGCAAGGGCUGUUUGCCUACAAGAGAUGCAUUUACAGUCAUCACCAGUCACAUUAGCAAAGACUGAGGGCCCUUUAAAUCAGGAGCAAUUUAAGUUCUGAUCCCCUGAGCACAGGCUGUCCCACUGCCUGCCAGCUAAGACAGGAUUUAUUGCGCCAGCAUGAGCAGCAGCAUUCAAGAUGGAAUGUAGUAUUUGGGGUGGAGAAUAGCAGACAGCAGAAGAAAAGCCCUAAUGGUAAUUAUAACCUGAGCAGAAGUUCUCUCCUGUUGCUCCUGCUCUUCCUCAAAAAGACAUGGGGUCUCCCUGCCAUGGCAGUGCCCACCCUCCACGAUGUGCUUCCACAAUCUGGUGUCUCUCAAAGGUGCUUAGGUCA